AGGUCAGUAUAGCGCAUGCGUGGUGUGAUCGUGAACUCAGUGCUGUAUAGUGUCUGUGAGCAGCAGCUCGUGUGUGUUCCUGUGACCGCAGCAGCAGCAGGAGGAGGAUACAUGUGUUCCGCGCAGGACAGCGGCAGAGGAGGCGCGCAGCAGCCGGACUCGGGUUACAGGAGUCCCGGGCUCCGGGGCGUCAGAAGCACCUCGCUCUUCCGCGCUGUCAACCCGGAGCUCUUCAUCAAACCUAAUAAGCCGGUGAUGGCCCUGGGUCUGCUGAGCCUCACGCUGUGUGUGGGAUACCUGGGCUAUCUGCACGCGGUCAGAGACAACCAGCAGCAGCUGUACGAGGCCGUGGACAGCCAGGGAGAGAGACACAUGAGGAGGAAGAGCUCCAGAUGGGACUGACUGACCACACCAACAUC